AUGGUCCAGACUCGAAAAUCUGUUGACAGGACCGGCCUUAUCUUUCGUGUGCUGGCAGUUGCCUCCUUAGUGGCGGCAUUUGCUCAAGUGACACUUGGCGGCAUUGUGCGCGUGACAGGGUCUGGGCUCGGCUGCCCGGACUGGCCUCUGUGCCAUGGACAGCUCAUUCCGCCAUUUGAAUUCGCGACACUAAUUGAGUACAGCCACAGGCUUUCGGCAUCUGUGCUUGGUGUCCUGGUACUUGGCACUACCAUCGUGGUUAUGAUGCGCUAUCGACCCAACAGAUGGGGUAAGAAUUCAGUCUUGACGGCUCUGGCUCUCGUAAUUGUCGCGGCCAUUCUGGGAGGCGCGACAGUUCUGACAGAACUCGCAUGGUGGCUACGGCUGCUCCAUCUGGGAAUAGCGGAAGGCGUAGUCGCUGCCCUGAUUAUCGCUGUGGUGGUAAGCUGGCGGGUGAGCGGAAAUGCGACCGCCAAUGUUGCGGUGACCGAAAGCAAUGGCUUGAGCAAGUGGACUAUUGCGGCGCUGGUUGGGGUCUUCCUACUGAUCCUGUCAGGCUCGUACAUUGUGGGUGCGGGGUACGGGUCGUCGUGCGGCACCUGGCCGUUGUGCCGGGGCAGCCUGUUUCCUGAGGGCAGGCCGUAUAUUGAACAUAUGGCGCAUAGAUAUUUCGCUGCUAUUGUGGGAGUUCUGGUGAUUGCGGUUGCAUAUUCGGCAUGGAAAAGCCCCAAGCUUCCCAGCGUUGGCAGAACCGGAUUUCUGCUUCUUGUGGUGUUUGCAGCGCAGAUUUUAGUCGGCGCGUUGACGGUGUGGCUGGGCUUCACUGCGGAGAUUAAGGCUAUUCACCUUAGCAUGGCGACAUUGGUGUGGAUUGCGCUUGUGUUCGUGGCUGCGUUAUCUUAUGUGCCGCAGAGAUUUGCGGACGCGGACGCUGUAUUGGGGCAUAGAGAAUCCGCGGCGGUGGACGGCAUGAAUGCAGGCGGCUUGAAGGGAAGGGCUUGA